CCUCUCAUUAUGUCCGCCGAUCAGCAAGCCGAGCAGGAGCAACAAGACUGGCCGCUUAGCCUGGAAGAGUAUGCACGCUACGGGCGGCAGAUGAUCAUGCCUGAGUGGGGUCUCGGCGGCCAGCUAGCCGUACGGAACGCGCGAGUCGCAGUUGUCGGAGCCGGAGGACUUGGUUGCCCUGUACUCCAGUAUAUUGUGGGAGCCGGCGUUGGCGAAGUAACUGUCAUCGACCACGACACUGUCUCGGCGUCCAAUCUGCACCGGCAGGUGUUGCAUACAACCGAGCGAGUGGGGAUGAACAAGGCGCUCUCGGCGUGUAUAGCACUCAAGGCAAUCAAUCCUCACCCCUCGCUUGAUCCGGUCGCCGAGCCUAUCACCCCGACUAACGCCAUCACCCUCCUCCGCGACCAUGAUCUCGUUCUAGACUGCACCGACCGACCAUACACACGAUAUUUGAUUAACGAUGCUUGCGUACGCCUAUCUCUACCGCUGGUGAGCGGAGCAGCCUUGGGCGCCGCAGGGCAGUGGGCAGUCUACGGUGGCUCGCCGGAGGGCACUAAGCGGGCAUGCUACCGGUGCUUGUGGCCAAAGCCAGGACCGAGCAGUCGGUGCGACGAGGCGGGAGUAUGGGGCCCAGUCACCGGCAUGGUUGGGAGUGGGAUGGCCGCGGAGGCUCUUCGACUGCUGACAAGCAAUGGCGGCGGGAAAGUAGCGCUGCAUAUCCUCCACAUGGGUGGGAGCCCGAUGGUGCGGACAGUCGGGAUGCGCCCUGCCAGCGCGAAGUGUGUGGCAUGCGGACCCAGCGCUACACUUACCGACAACCUCGAGAGCGAGGAUUAUGCUGCGCUCUGUGGCGAGACUGCACCAUUGCCAGAAGUUGAUCGUCUAACUGUCCAGGAUUUGCGUGCGGUCGCUAGUUUGCCAGAGGUGGUCGUGGUAGACACAAGACCACCACACGAGUACCGCAUCUGCAGCCUCCCUAACACUGCGAACAUCCCACUCGCCUCCGUUCUUGCCUCGCCCGAAUCUGUACCUUCAGGCCGUGCAAUCUUCCUCUGUAGGCGCGGAAACGAUUCUCAACUCGCUGCUGCAGCGCUCAGGCAAUUGGGACGGGACGCAACCGACGUCCGCGGUGGACUUGUAGCCUGGAGUCGCGAGAUUGACCCCCGAUUCCCUUUGUACUAGUACUCUAUACAUAUGGAAUAACUGGGAUCAUAUCGUGCGUGCGAAGCGGACGACGUCGUCGCAAUCUCCACGGACGCAGAUAAAUGGC